GAAGCAAGCAAAAGCAGACAAGACAAGACAGCAAAUACCAAAUACAACUUCACACAAUCUUGUCAAAACGAACGAAAUUUCUAAAAACCUUGCGACAGCUGUUUAUUAUAAUAAAAUACAAAAGUAUUUUUAUCGUGUACGCAGUAAAUAUUGUUUUUAUUGUAACAACGUCAAAGAUAGACGCUUUGUUAGUUAUUGAGAACUAUUGUGGUACGCUCGUUGGUUUUUUGUAGUGUGAAUAUUUAUUUGUUAAACGCAGUUCGUGAUGGCUAGUGAAAAACCAGUGUCCGGAGAGCCAGCUUCAAAUUUGGAGAAUUCUCAGGCUUUGCAACCUGCUGAGGAUGAAAAUGCGAAGUCAUGUUGGGUGUGUUUUGCCACGGAGGCUGACGAUAGGUUGGCGGCAUGGGUCCAGCCUUGUAAGUGCAUCGGGACUACGAAAUGGGUGCAUCAAAGUUGUUUGCAGCGGUGGGUGGACGAAAAGCAAAGAGGUAACAUAACUCGGAAAGUGCUGUGUCCUCAGUGCAAAGCAGAAUAUAUUGUUGUGUUCCCGUCUAUGGGUGCAUUUGUAGCACUCUUAGAUGCUAUGGAAGAGAUCACUCACAAGAUUUGCCCGUUCAUCGCCGGAGGAGUACUCCUAGGAUCCAUAUACUGGAUCGCGAUUACGUAUGGAGCUGUCACCGUUAUGCAGGUGGUGGGUCACAGGGAAGGACUGGAGAUGAUGGAGUCAGCAGAUCCCCUGGUGCUGCUGGUUCUACUGCCGACGAUACCAGUGACGCUGAUCAGCGCUAAAAUGUAUAACUGGGAGGAUUCCGUCCUACUCUUCCUGAGGAAGUACUGCUCGAAGAUACCCGCCCUCUCAUACAUACUGCCGUUUGGCAAUGUGGAAGGCGACAGAGGCGCUUUAGUGGGCCACAACAACCAGCAUCAGACGAACAACUCACAUCUGUCACCCACACGGAUCUUCUGCUCAGCACUCCUGCUGCCGACCAUUUCCACUAUCAUAGGCAAAAUAUUCUUCCGAUCCAUACAAAACAACUUACACAGAACAAUACUAGGCGGUAUCACCUACAUAACAAUAAAAGGAGCGUUAAAAAUCUAUCACAGACAAAUGCUGUACAUUAGACAUUCGAGUAGGAAAAUUCUAGAUUACACAGAGUCAAAUCUGAAAUUGUACAGAAGUGCCGCCACCUCGACCACAACAGAUGCCAUAUCCAGCACGCGAGAUGACACGGAACAAGUCGUUUAAUAGUUUUUAAUAAUGUACAUAUGUAUAGUCGACUAAGUGCGCAUUGUUCGCGGGGUGAAGAAGCCUUUAGAGUUUGUACCGGACUUUUAUAAAUAAAAGCUAAUUUAUAAGGUUUUAGUGGUGUGGAGAUAAAAAUUGACUAGUCUUUUGUGAUGUCGUUUUAAAAUCGGAUCACGGGAUGAGGUUAAUGACCGUUCUAAGGGUGUGAAGAAUGUAUGUGGAGUCCAGUCACUAUUGAUAUCGGUAAGCUAGUCGAGGAGACAGGCGCGAUGAUACAUUCGUCAUCUAAAACUCGUUAUAAGAGCGCCAUGUUGAAAACGAGAAACGGGGAUGUGUAUUGUAGUAUUUAUAAACCAUUUAUAGAAUGUUUAUAAAUGUCAAGUUUUUAUAAAUAAGGUUGUUGUAAGUUCGGUUUGAUAUGUAGUCUAUUAAUCCUAUCAUCGUUCUAUCAUACAUAUUUGUAUUACGUAUUAUGAUAUUAACGGUUUGUUAUGUUGUUAUUGUUAUACAUUUAUGUGUAUGUCAAAACUCAGUAAUUGAAUGUAAAUAGACCGGGCUCUUCACCCCACCGGUGACGAAUUGCAAUUAAUAUCAAUAUUUACAAAAUAAUGUUGAAUAACGUUAUGGAUAAUAUUUUUAAAUUGUUGUAGACGUACGGAAUUACCGUUUGUUAAAUAUAUCAUAAAUGUUUACAUUACAUGCUCAUGCGUCCAUGACACAAUCAAUAAAUGUUUUCAUUAUAAAGUUGAAACAGCUAUGUUAUUGCCUCUGCGUCGCUUUAAAUAAGAUGUGCGAAUAUAGCAUCUGGCCUCCUGGACUAUAGACAUAAGUUUUAACAAAAAUAUGACUGUUAUUGGUGAAUACGAAAUAGUAAAUACACUAGUAAUUAUUUAGCCACAAUUUGACGCAAAUCUGUCAUUGAUAAACACAGUAAAUUAAUAUUUUUACUACACUAUUCAAUAUUUGUUGGUGCUCCGAAUAACAUGUACCGUAAAAUUUCUUCCAUAUAUAGUUGACAAGAUAUGAAAUAGAAUCGUCAUAUUAUUAUUAUACAGAACAGCCAUAUAAAGUCAAUUUGAAAAUAAUACAUACUAACAAUAUUUUUUUAGAGUUUAUUCAACUCAUUUACACCUCUAUAUCAUUGGUAUAAGGACUACUGUACCCUUAGUACGAGUUUGUUUUACGUUGAACGAAAAAGAAACGACAGUGCGUGUGGCCCUCUGAUUGGCCGGCGCGAAUGAACCAACCAAUCAGUACCCAUUUCGUAUUUGUUUAACGCAAAGCAAAUUCGUACUAAGAGUACCGUUUGUCUAAUAGACAAUUUACUAGUGUCAUGCUAUGGCACAAUAAAAUUUUGACAGCUACAAUGAUUAGAGAAAUAUGACCUCUUUUUACAUUAGUGCCCAUCUCAUAACUGCAAAAACGUUAGCCGUUAUUGUAUCAUACUGUUGAAUAAAUUCUCUAAAAUAUUGGUAGUUUGUGUUAUUUUCAAAUCACAGUAUAUUUUUAAUAAUGAAGACUCCAUUGUAUUGUUAUCUGCUAUUGUUAAUAUGCUAGUGAAAUAUUAUGUAACUAUUAUAUAAUGAAUCGGUAUGAACAGUGGCCAGAAGUUUCGUGGUAGGUUAUGAUGACUAUUUGGCUAUGAGGCCAUUGGGAGAUACGACUACCGGCACAAUGAUUGCUGAAUCUACAUCCCAUAUAUCGAAUCAAGAUAUUUACUGGAUUUAUCUUUUUCAGCCUUCACGAGAUUUUCGUCAUGUGGGAUUGUCAAUUAUCAUUGUUCAACCUGUACCUUUUCUUAUACAUACGUUAAUUUACUUCCCAGUGAACAUGAUUCAAAGUAAAUGAUAAUAACCAUGAAAUAAUGAGAAAUAUUAUACACAAUGUACGCCUUUUUUCCCACCACGGAAAAUCCGGCCAUGGUUCGUGCCGUAGACUAUAGACAAGACGUUGACGGAAUAUUAAUUAAAUUAGACUACAUACUAGUUUAUUUUUUAUACUUACUUUUUGUAAUAUACAUAAACAGUAAAAGAGUAUUGUUUGAAGAAUUAUUUAAUAAUACAUUCAUAAUCAUUCUCCAGAGAAGUGUUUUUUAUUUUGUCAUUUUUAGUUCUCUAAAGUCGGCGCUAGUGUAGCUUAAAGUCCUCUAAGGUCAAUUAAUAAAUCUGUUGAAUUUGAACUUAAAACUACACUAGGUCCCUAAGUAACGUGUAUUAAAUUAUUAAUUUAAACAAUACUCUUCUAAAUUAUUAUUGUUAUAAAGCUGUGCUCUUAGCUAGAUAAAGAAGCAAAUCUUGGCAUUGUCCAUCAGCUGUCCUAAAGCGUGCCAAAUUCAACCGUAUAGCGAUUAACUGUAAAAGCAUUUUUGCUAAACAUAGCUUAAAUCUUCAGUACUAUACGUCUAGGUAGAUUUAAUAAUAAUAAUAAUUUAUAAAAGAUAGAAUGUGAUAGGAAGGGGAAUUUUAAAGUUAAACGUAAUUCGUAGUUAGAUAAAAAAUGUUCCAAUUUAAAAUAGAUGAAUUGAUCGAGUGCCUUUGCAAAUAAAAAUUAAAAUAAAUGGUUUGUAUAUACUUAGUUAUACUCAUAUCUAAUUAUCGUUUACCUUCUUAACCCGGUGCUUUUAGUCAUAUUACAUUUUACCAAUAACUGACUUGACUAACGCUUAGGCGAUUUUUGACGGUUCGAUUAAUAAUAAUCGAUUUAGUUAUGUUUCGAAAUACGUUUCGAUAUUCAUGUGUGUUCGCUUUCUGCAUCGAUUUGUCAAUAUAAAAUCCUAAUUUGUUAGUGGAGUUUUUAAAAUUUUAAUUUGUUAGUACAUAAUGGUAUAGUUAUGUGGAAAGAAGUCAUUUGAGCUUAGGAUGUGGAUAGAAUUUUUAUUAUUGAAAACUUGAAAUUUGUGCAGUAUUCUUACUCAUUUUACUAGUAAAUACAACUACUUUUUGUUCAUUUCAAUCGCGAUAAUCUAGCGGAUAAAAUGUUUGUGCAUAUCUGGGAUUAUUGUUAUUGCAAUUUUAAGUUUUCAAUACUAAAUGUUACAAAACAAAUGAUCUUGACUAUGUAAACUAUAAAAUUGUAAAUUGCAACAACAUCUGUUCAGCAGUUUAUUAAAUUAUUCCUUUUUACUUAUCGAUAUAUUUUCAUUCUUCACUAAUAAAUUAAGAAUUUGUCUAAAAAUGGUACGAUUGGAUACCAUCAGUUGAUUAAAUGAUUAUAUAGAAUUUAAAUUAUAAAAAGUGUAUAAAUUUUGUUUAAUGGAAAUUUUUGGUUUAAUAAUUUAGUAAUUACAAUGUUCAACUUGUGAGUAGUUGAGCGGUAUCUGUGGUUUUUAUAUUCUUUUCAUAAAAAAAUCCGUUCUUGAGUGAAUAACUGGCAAGACAGUCAAUACGAUCCUGUGCAUUCAAUUAUUAAACAUUGCCAAUAAAUACAUCGAAAUUGUAAUAAAUAAUGUAAUUAUUGUAAAAAUACUACAACCAUCUUUGAUUACAUGAGCAUUUAUCAUAAUUUUUGGUUUGCAUUUAAUUUCAUUUCGAAAGUCUAUAUGCGCGUUGCAAUUUUCAACCUUAGGCUUUAGAUAUAGGGCAAGUGACCCGGUUGUGGCCACCGACCCCUUUGUGGCCAUUUGGACCUUCAAAUAUUUAUAACUAAGGCAUGGACAAAUAAAUUACUCUGUGAUGUACAGUAUUUAAAAUAUUGAAUAUUGGAGAUACUGAUACCGUUGGCAGCUUUGAUGUGUCAAACUUCACUUCGAUGCAACAAGUCAUUCUUUUUAGUUGAGGGUGAAAUUGUUAAGAUCUUAACAAAAAGGCUAAGGCGAGCGGGUGAGGAUUUGGUUUUUAUUUUUUAAAUCUUUGCUUAUUGUUUGGAUGUUUAUGUUAAUACUACAUGAAGAAUAUAUUGUCUAAGUGAAACUAAAGUUAUUUUGUCGCCAUAUGUUUCUGAAGUGCGGUUAUUAGAAGGUGGCCACUAAUGGAGACAAAAUUAUGAAUUUCUCCAUCUUUGGCCACAUGGCUGGCCAAAACUAAUGUACAUAGACACCAGACUUCUUCCCCUUUAUUUUAUCGUGGCUUUUUUUCCUUGGCUUUACAUAUCAACAAAUACAUAUUUUUCAUUUUCAGAGAUGCAAUAAAUUGCCUUCACACAAAGGGGAGGUCAGUUUACUUUGCAGCUUUUACCAACGUCAUAUAAAUUUUGAUCUCUUUAUUUGUAAGUUAAAUUCAAGUGAAGUAAUAAUAUUUCAUAUUUUCCAAACUAAAUAAAAACCAUUGUUUGUAAAAUGUCCAAUUUAAUUAUUAAAUUUUGAUUACUUUUAUUGUAUUUUUUGAUGGCCAGAACUGGCACACGACCGUGGCCACAAAUGGCACGAAUCUGGCCAAAAGUGGCACAAACUCCCUUUUUUUUUCUUUCUUAUACAGUUAUUUUUCUAUUGGACGUUCUUUAAAAAAAGGGUUUUCUUAGGCAAGGUUAAUACAUGUUAAAUGACUUUUUACAAGAAAUAUUUUCGUGAUAACAAAAACUAUAAGUUAAGAAAGCCUCAAAGUCGACAAAAUUCUUAAAGUGGCCACAACCGGGUCACUUACGAUACGGUUCAAAAUUGUUUUGGUGAUUAAAUCCAGACAUUCGUAGGCGUGAUUUUACUGACCGCAUCGAAAUCGGUUCAGCCUAUCGCGAGAUAAUCGCGGACAAACAUGUAAAUACGUACAGGUCGAAUUCAGAACCUCUAUCUUUUUUUAAAGUUGGUUAUAAAUCUGCUUCACACAACUUUACGUACUACUUGAAAAAAGAACAUUACCUAUACAGUACCAGUAACAUGCGUACGCGCACCACAGGAAGUUUAAACACCAUUUUUAAAACGGUUUGUUAUUUAAACACCAGUUAUCGCUCAAUUCACCACAAGACGUUAGUUUUGCUAGUCUUUUGAGAAACUAAAGCGAUUCGCACGCAAUUUUGUAUAAAACGAUGCUUCGUAAAACUUAUAGCCAUUAUUUUGUCUACUGUACAUUUUAAAAUGAUUAUAAAUAUUAUUUUUUAUUGAGUCUC